AUGCGCGGGGGCACCGGUCGGGCUCUGCCGCUGCUGCUGCUGCUGCUGUUGCUGGCGGCCGCGGCGGGGCCGGGAGGCGGGGAGGAGGCGAUUCAGUGCCCGCCGUGCUCGGAGGAGCGGCUGGCUCGCUGCAAAGCACCGCAGGGCUGCGCGGAGCUGGUGCGGGAACCGGGCUGCGGCUGCUGCGCGACCUGCGCCCUCGGCCGCGGCACCGCCUGCGGGGUCUACACCGCCCGCUGCGGGGCCGGCCUGCGCUGCUACCCCCCCCGCGGCGUGCCGCGGCCCCUCCACACUCUCAUGCACGGCCAGGGCGUCUGCACCGACCUGGCCGACGUCGAGGCCAUCCAGGAGAGCCUCCACCCACCAGAAAAGGAGGAGAUCGACCACCCCAACAACAGCUUCAGCCCCUGCAGCAUCCACGAUCGCAAGUGCCUGCAGAAGCAGCAGGCGAAGAGAGUCAGCAACGGCAACAAGAUGCGCAGCAGCGGCAGCCCCCAGCACCGCGAGGAGGCGCGGCCCAUCGCACAGGGCUCGUGCCAGAGCGAGCUGCACCGGGCACUGGAGAGGUUGGCAGCCUCCCAGACCCGCACCCAUGAGGACCUCUAUGUCAUCCCCAUCCCCAACUGCGACCGCAACGGCAACUUCCACCCCAAGCAGUGUCACCCAGCGCUGGACGGGCAGCGGGGCAAGUGCUGGUGCGUGGACCGCAAGACAGGCGUGAAGCUGCCAGGCCUCCUGGAGCUGAAGGGGGACCUGGACUGUCACCAGCUGGCAGACAGCAUGUGA